AUGAGCAGCUAUUCUUGUAGUAAUAUUCUUGUCUUUUAUUUAUUACUAGUACCAGUCGUCGUAUUCUCACUCGCUUUAACCGCAAACGCGAAUUCGGUCGAGUCGCUCCUUAAGCUCCCGAGAAGACAGUCCCGCUCGACCCGACCACGACCCAGAUCCGAACGGCUCCUCCACGUCGGACAUUUCGGGGCCAAAGGCAAUGGCUUCACCGACGACACUAAAGCGUUUGCGGAUGCUUGGAAGACAGCUUGUUCAUCCAAAGCCAAAACAAGAAUCUUGGUGCCUGAAAACUACACUUCUCUUGUUCGACCCAUUGAUCUUUCUGGACCUUGUAAAGCAAGACUCACCCUCCAGAUCUCUGGUACAAUCAUUGCUCCGAGUGACCCAGAUUAUUGGGAAGGUCUUAACCUCAGGAAAUGGCUUUACUUUCAUGGUGUGAGCCGCUUGACUGUUGAAGGAGGUGGUACUGUUAAUGGAAUGGGUCAAGAAUGGGAGACUCACUGUUGUUUCAACCAUCUCUUUUGCAGCCUUGUCGAGGCCUUGACAUUCCAUAAGUGUAAGAACAUGAGGCUUGAAAACCUCAAUGUGAUAGAUAGUCAGCAAAUGCACAUUGCCUUUACUAGCUGUCGCCGUGUGACCAUCUCUGGUCUAAAUGUCAUAGCUCCUGCUAGUAGUCCAAACACUGAUGGAAUUCAUAUAAGCUCCUCUCAUGGUAUCGUGAUAGACAACACAACAGUCAGCACAGGAGAUGAUUGUGUUUCAAUUGUAAGAAAUUCUUCACAGAUCUCCAUCAGCAACAUUGUUUGUGGUCCUGGCCAUGGCAUAAGUGACAUAACGGUUGAUACGGCCUCCAUUUCUGACACUGAGAAUGGUGUUCGGAUCAAAACAUGGCAGGGAGGGACUGGUUUGGUCUCAAAUAUCAUCUUUAGGAACAUCAAUAUGAACAAUGUGUCGAACCCCAUUAUCAUCGAUCAGUAUUAUUGCGAUUCUCGGAAGCCGUGUGCGAAUCAGCUGUUACAAUUGAGAAGCAUUUGUUCGCAUUCGGGGAACCUCAGCAUCAAACAAGCAAUCAAGAUCUCUUGCAGCGACACUUGGCCAUGUCGCAACAUAAAUCUACAAGACAUUGAUCUUGAACCAUCAAACAGUGAUGGUUUCACAAAGUCCUUCUGNUGGGAAGCUUAUGGUUCGAGUUCAGGUCAAGUUUACCCUCCUUCUUGCCUCUCAGAUGAGACAAGCUUCUUGAAACAGUCGGUUCAGUCCGAAAUCACAUCUUUGUACCUUUAA